AUGGCAAAGGCGAAACUGCGAGGAAGAUUGCUGCGCAUGCACUACUUCGCAUUGCGAAGUUCGCAAGGCCCGGCAGGCCUAAGCUGGUCUGAUCCGAUUGAAUCGGCCGAUUCGAUCGACAACUUCAAGCAGACGCCCAACGAAUUACCGCCCAGUAAUGAGGUGCACUGGGAUUCCGUACCGGGGCUAAAAGGUACGGGUGGCGCGUUCGUUGUGCUGAACUGCGUGCCCAGCAGUAGCAGUAGCAGUAGCAACAGCAGCAGCGGCGGCAAUGCGUGGGAGGCGCCUACCGAGUUUCAGUCUCGUAACGUGAACUGGUGGAAGGCGGUCGAGGUGGUGUUGGCGCCGCGCACCGCCAAGUCGCAGAUUCGGCUGUCGCUGAGCGGAUUAAAUGUGGUGGUCGAGUUGGUGGACAACAAGUAG